CCCGAUCUCUCCUUAUGUUUAUAUAUACCACUCGCUACCUUCAAAGCAUAUUCGCCAAACAAAACUGAAGGAAGUAAAGAAAAAAUAUGGCAAAUUCAAAUGUUUUUCUCCUCUUCGUACUUCUCAUUGCUUCACUCUUUUACAUAUGCCACACCUUAACACUUUUUGGCAUCCUAAUCAAAGAAGUCUACAUUCGUGGUACCCUGCGUUGUAGCCUUAACGGGAAUCCAAGUGCACCACCAGUCUCUAACGCCACAGUCUACUUAAUAUGUGGCAGCGCAAACUCAACCAUCGCUCAAGCAGUGACAAAUCCCUACGGUGUAUUUGUUAUUGUGCUCAACACAGUAGAGACGCUUUUGGUCAAUCCAAGUAACUGCAUUAUCGAAGCUAAUCUUCCGACUGGCACGUGCCAAAUCUAUCCACCGGACGGUACACUAACUGCCUCAGUUAAUCUGGUCAACAUCACCGUCAGGGGUCUCCUUUUUAUCGCUAACUAUGCCGCCGGUGCAUUUCUCAAUGAGGAUCCCCCAUAAACUAUACCGCCGGUGCGUUUCAUUUUCACAACAAUACGUGUGACGUGUAUGUGUGCAAAAUAUAUGGGGAUUUGAUGCAUGAUCCUAUCUAUGUAUUGCUAAAAAAUAUAAAAGUGAUAUAUAUGCGGGCCCUAUAUAUGCGGGCCCUAUAUAUGCUCCAUGAAUUAUGUGUACUUAAUUAUCUUAAAUUAUAAUAAAAACUAAUAAUUAUUAGUAUUACAAAUAGCAAUAGCUGGAUAUUGUAAUAAAUAACAAAUAAAAAUUAAUAAUUAUUAGUAUAACAAAUAACAAUAGUUAGUAGGAAGGUUCAACCCAGUUUAUGGAUGAGUAACCAAAUGAAUAAAAUAAUAUGAAUAUAUUUUAAAAUUUUAGUUUAUUUUUAACUAAAGCCAACAUUAGUUUUCAUUGUUUACUACUAAUAUUUUUAAUAUUUGUUUUAUUACUUUUAAAAUAAUAUACUUGUUUCACUAUUAAAGAAAAAAAGACAAAUUUUCAAUAGCACUAAAUCAAGUUUUUGUUUAUAAAUA